AUGGCCUCCAAGAGAAACUCACGCAUAUACGUCGACGAGACAAAGCACCACGAGGAAGGUCAAAAGACAAUCAUGUCUCGACCUCGCCGCGACUCCCGCGCAUCAGUCAAGGAGGACGACAUUCAGCAACAGUUUGCCCAAGCCUUUGAGGAACUCCCGCGUGGCAGCACGACAACAAGCGAGAGCUCUUCCUCGUCCGCAUCCUCUGCGUCGUCCAUUUUUUCGACGUCCCGAUCCCAAAGCAUCAAUAGCGUAACAUGGGAGCCGAGCAAUGCUGGCCCUGCAAGGCAGCAUGGCGAGCCGAUGACGGUCCCCAGCGCUGUGGCUGUCACUCGCCCCCAUGACUCUGCACUUGCCCCCGCCAGCGGCCGCCCUGUCAACUUUGGCAUGGUGAUCCCGGGCGUCUACCGCAGCAGCUACCCCAAACCGAGCGACUACGAAUUCUUGGAGGGUCUCAAGCUCAAGACGGUCGUCACGCUGGUAAAGAAGGACGAGUUGGACUAUGAUCUCAAUGCGUUCGCCACCAGAAAUGGCGUUCGGCAGGUCGUCUUCGACAUGAAGGGCACCAAGAAGGAGGCCAUCCCCCUGCCCACAAUGAAGGCCAUCCUAGAGCUUGUAUUGGAUCGCAGAAACCAGCCUCUUCUCAUCCAUUGCAACCACGGCAAGCAUCGUACCGGCUGCGUCGUUGCCGUGAUUCGCAAGUUGUCGGGCUGGCGCACCGAUACUGCCUUGGCCGAGUACAAGUCCUACGCCGAGCCCAAGGUUCGCGACUGUGAUGUUGAGUACAUCAGCUCGUUUCAGGCCUCGUCGCUUCCCCUCAGGUCUGACGUCGCGAGGACCAACCCGGUUCGCCUGCGAACCUUUUUCCGCGCCCUGGUCUUUUCGACCUUGGUCUUGGGCCUCUGGCUCGUUUCAAGCGCGCGACUGGCCUCUGCGGGCGACUCGUAG